AUGGAGGCAGACUUUGUUAUAAAUGUGGGAACCGAAGCUAAAGUGCCCAUUUUAACCUUUUCUGCAUCAAGUCCUUGUCUUACUUCACUAGGGAGCUCCUUCUUUUUCCGACUUACACAAAAUGACUUGAUCCAAGUGAAAGCCAUAAGUGGUAUCGUUCAGAACUUUGGAUGGAGACAAGUUGUUCCCAUCUACGAAGACAAUUCUUACGGAGAGGGAAUCAUACCUUUUCUAAUUGAUGCCUUGCAAGAAUGUGAUGCUCAUGUUCCCUACAGAAGUGUAGUUUCUGAAUCAGCCACUGAUGAUCAAAUUGAAAAAGAGCUUUACAAGUUAAUGACGAUGCAAACUAGAGUCUUCGUUGUUCAUAUGAUGAAUCUUGAUCUGUGCUCUAAGUUAUUUUCCAAGGCAAAAAGUAUUGGAAUGAUGAGUACAGAUUAUGUUUGGAUCAUGACUGGUGGGAUAUCUAAUCGUAUAAACUCGAUGAGUUAUUCAGACCGAAAUUCCAUGGAAGGUGUAUUAGGCAUACAAACAGACAUUCGAAGAACACCAAAGCUUAAGGAAUUUGAAAGGCGGUGGAAAAUGAAAUUCCAACAAGACAAUCCAAACAUAACUUUGGAUGUUUAUGGAUUUCAAGCUCAUGAUGCUAUCUUUGCACUAGCUAUGGCAGUCGAACAAUUUGGAAAUACAAGCAUCGAAUAUCAAAAUGCGAGCGAUUCCUUAAAGGCAACAGAUCUUGAUGCUCUUAAGGUAUCUCAGUAUGGUCCAGAACUUGCUAAAGCCCUAUCUCGUACUAGAUUUGAAGGCAUUGCUGGAGAGUUCAAUGUCGUAGAAGGGGAGCUUCAGUCGACAACUUAUAAGAUAAUUAAUAUAAUUGGUGGUAAUGUAAAGAGAAUUGCAUUGUGUACUCCACAGAAAGGAAUGGUUUCAGCAAACACAAGCAAAGUCUUUACUAAUUCCAAGUGCAUUUUUGAACCCAUUAAAUGGCCAGGUGAUUCUUUCUCUGUUCCUAAAGGAUGGGAGAUCCCAACUAACAGAAAGAAGUUGAGAGUAGGAGUUCCAGUCAAGGAUAGUUUGACUGAGUUUGUUAAGAUCACGAAAGAUCCUAACACUAAAACAACGGCUGUCACAGGGUUCUGUAUCGAUGUCUUCAAUGCUGCAUUGGAAUUAUUACCGUAUGCUCUUCCUUAUGAGUUCAUUCCUUAUGAAAAUUCUAAUGGCUCGAUGGCUGGGACUUACGAUGAUUUGGUCUAUCAAAAAUUUGAUGCUGUUGUUGGAGAUACAACAAUUAGAGCGAACAGAUCCUUGUAUGUUGACUUUACAAUGCCAUACAGUGAAUCUGAUGUAGGAAUGGUUGUGCCAAUCAGCGACAGCAAAAGCAAAAAUGCAUGGAUUUUCAUGCAGCCUUUGACAUGGGGCCUUUGGUUGACAACUUUGUGGGAGAAAGUGGUUAGCAACUCAGCUAGAUUUGUGAUUACUGUAUGGGUAUUUGUUAUGCUCAUAGUGACACAAAGCUACACAGCUAAUUUAUCAUCACUAUUAACAGUCCAACAACCCCAGCCCACUGUUACCGAGUUAAAUGAUCUUUUAAGGAAUGGCGAUAAUGUCGGCUACAGCAAGAAUUCUUUUGUUCGUGAGGUCUUGAUUGAAAAGGGUUUUAAAAACAGGGUCAAAGAAAUUAAAUUGAUGGAAGAUGGUGACAAAGAACUCACAAAAGGUACUGCAAAGGGUGGUAUUGCUGCUUUUGUUGGUGAUACCCCAGCCUUGGAGUUUUUUCUUGCAAAGUACUGCUCCAAAUACAUCAUGGUUGGACCUAUCUCCAAAACUAAUGGGUUUGCCUUCGUGUUCCCUAAAGGUUCACCUCUUGUAGCUGAUAUGUCAAGCGCAAUCCUAAAUGUGACCGAAGGGAAGAAGAUUAUGAAGAUUGAAGCCAAUUGGAUUAAGAAAGAAAGCAAUUGUCAAGGCUCAAGUUCCAGCAAUAUCUCUGGCCCCAACAGUCUUGGCCUUAAUAGCUUCUGGGGACUAUUCCUCGUUGCUGGGAUCGUUUCUGUAUUCUCUCUUAUCAUUUUUUUCACUUCCUUCAUUUACAAGCACAAGCAUGUCUUGAUGUCCCCUGAUUCAACAGCUUCUACAUGGAGAAGGAUUCGUGCCAUAUUUGAAACUUUUGAUGACAGAGAUGCCAGCUAUUAUAGUUCUACAAGUAGUCAACAUUUGAAAAAGUUCAGUGGGGGAGCUGCACUGAGCAGAGGGUGUUUGGUAGCGAGCCCAAUCUUUGGAACCCGAGUGGUGGGGGUCAACGUGCCUGAUCAGGGCAAUCGUAGACUGUUGACGUGUCCCCGUAUCCCGGAGGGACGUAACCUUAUUGUAACGCCGUGUGGCGGUCGUCAUCAGAAUGAGGCGUUGCCUCAGGAAUCGUCUUUGGCGGAAAUCCUUCCGCUGAUAGUAAGCAGCAAGCAGUGUCGCAGGGACCUGCUUGGUAGUAGCCCAGUGAGCGGUGUUGCGCUCAUCGGAGACUGUCGUGCUUGCAAGAUGAAAAGGGAGAAGUCCGCUAGCGGAGAUUGA